UCAUGAGAUCUGUCACUCAUUGCCGCUCAUCUGACACUUGAAACUUUUGCUAUGAUGAAGAUCUAUUGCGAAUAAAAAAAUGAUAAAUCAACACUAUUUAAAUACAAAAUGAUCUGUAGCCUAGUUUUUUAGAGUUAGUAAUAAAUACAUUAGUAUAUGAUAGUACCAUAGUUACUUUUUAAUCUGUGUAUAUUGUACAGUCAGCAAAAUGCGCUCGAAGAUUUUGAUUGGGUUGGUGCUGGUAUCAUGUGUGUUGUUCAUGUGGCUGAUUACUCGGCUGUAUCACGAGCUGCUCACUGCAUAUGAACAGUCCGGCACACUCACAGAGGCUGAGUACUCCUGGUUUUUCCGUCUGUUAUUGAACCUGGCGGGGUACACGACGGUGCUACUGCCCGGCUUCGUGCUCUACAAGUACCUCCACAAAACUAACUACUUCGAUAAGAUAACAAAUCAAACAUGCAUAUCCCGUGUGCUGACGACUUGCUUCGGCUCCCCGCCGGAGCGCCUCCCGGAGUCGCUGAAGAGUCGCGAGGCGGCGGCGGAGGACGACGCGCCUGCGCGGGAGGGGCUCGAGCUCGCCUUCUGCUUCACCGGACUCAUGGCCGCCUACCUCGUGUGGGGGCUGCUGCAGGAGAAGAUCAUGACGCAGGACUACGUGCUGGCGGACGGCAGCGUGGUGCGGUUCAACGACUCGCAGUUCCUGGUGUUCGUGAACCGGCUGGCGGCGCUGGUGCUGGCGUGGAGCUGGCUGCGCAUGCGCGGCGUGCGCGCGCUAGCGCCGCUGCUGUACGGACAGUUCAGCUACUGCGCGCUCUCCAACGUGCUGAGCGCCUGGUGCCAGUACGAGGCGCUCAAGUACGUCAGCUUCCCCACGCAGGUCAGCCCCGCCCACUACUCACUCUCACUCUCACGCUACUGCGCGCUCUCCAACGUGCUGAGCGCCUGGUGCCAGUACGAGGCGCUCAAGUACGUCAGCUUCCCCACGCAGGUGCUGUCGAAGUCGUGCAAGGUGAUCCCGGUGAUGCUGAUGGGCAAGCUGAUCUCACACAACAAGUACUCGCUGUACGAGUACGUGACGGCCGUGCUCAUCUCCGUGGGGAUGGUGCUGUUCAUGUUCGGCAGCCAUGAUGACUAUGCUGCGUCAGCGGCCACGACGACGUCAGGCGUGUUGUUGCUGGGCGCGUACAUGUGGUGCGACAGCUUCACGUCGUCGUGGCAGGGCGCCAUCUUCGCCCGGCGCUGCUGCGCGCCGCUGCAGAUGCUGGUGGCCGUCAACGUGUUCUCGUGCGUGCUCACGGCGGCUGCGCUCGCGCAUCGCACUCAUACUGCGCACUCGCUGCGGCUGCUGCAGAACCCGAUGUUCGUGAGUGACUGCCUGAUCCUGUCGGCGAGUUCCGCGGUGGGCCAGCUGCUCAUCUACCGCACCAUCGCCAAGUUCGGCGCGGUCGUCUUCACCAUCAUCAUGACGCUCAGACAGGCGGUGUCGAUCCUGCUGUCUUGCCUGGUGUACGGCCACGCGGUGUUGGGCGGCGCGUGCGGCGUGGCGCUGGUGUUCGGCGCCGUGCUGCUGCGCAUCUACUGCCGGCACCGGAUCAAGAAACGAGUGCCGGCCAAGCUGUAGGCACCGCCCAUCUCGACAACACUCCACUACAACGACUAAUGGUAUUAUAAAAUAAAAAUAUAUAUCAAAUGUUAAUCUGAUAAAUAAAAAGUUCCAAUUUACCACUAAAAAAAUAAAGGGACAAAGUGCUUCAUCCGCUAGCGAAAUCAAUACAACACUACUUCAAAACUAUUCGUAAAACUUAGACAACCCUUAAAUUCUCACAGACAUUGUAUCAAGUAAAGAGCGCCUGCCAAGCUAUAAAGACAUGACCUCUAAAUUUAUCGACAAUGCCGAUACAACACUCCACUAUAUCAAUAAUUAUAGUCGAUAUUGCAAAGUGAUGACAACCCUAGAACUAAAGGGUAAAUCUAAUAGGUAAGUAAUAUCGUGAAAUAAAGUAAGAAACACCGUAAUGCUGUAGGAAAUACGUAACUUCGAUUCAAAUCGAUUGUGGUUCGACGAGUAUACGAUCUACAGACUAUAAAUAAUUAGUCACAAAUAAACGAACUGACAGAAUCAAUAGAGCGACUACUCAAUCGCAGCGACUGGAAAUGGAUGUCUGCUAAGGUGAAUAGACGAAUUCGAUUUUCGAUAUUAUCGAUCAUUCCUAAACGAGUUAGAGGUGUGGGUAUCGAUAUAUGAUUAUCGAUAUUUUAUGUAGGUGCCUGCAAAUAAAUAAACAUGACAUACCAACGACCAUAAACAAUUAUAUAGUUUUUUAAAUCUUACGUUGACUAUUAUUACCAAGGUUAUAAAUAAUAAAAUAUUUCACGUAGGUUGGUAAUAAUUGAAUUCGACCGAAACAAAUAGUUCCUGAACGUAUUGUUGUUGAAACGAAAUCGACACUACAUAAACGCAGUGUAAUACAAAUAAAAUGUCUGUAUGUGUAACAUACGCCAUGACGUCUCCAGCACAAGAGAAACCAUUGUUCAUAAUACACAAGAAAUAUCAUAGAGAAUAGAAUAGUAAAGUUUAUUAAACCAUGGCUACAUAUUUUUUAAUGAUGGCCACAUUGCUUCGAGAAAUUUAUGUAUACUAUCGAAAACGGAAAUUGUAAAAUUUUACGCUUGCACAUGAUAAUAGAAGAAUCUAUGACUUUUUUCAUCAAAAUCGAUUAAUAUAAUUCAAUUAAAGUACACAGCAAUUUUCCAAACGCAUGUGGUCUAAUAUAUUUCAUGUUGUCUGUAGAUAAGCUAUUUAUAAAAAGAGAAAAUAUUUCAUUGCUAUACACAAUAUGUAUGGAAUUAACUAUAAACCAUCCAUAAACAAUUGCUUUAGAAAACCUCCUCCACAUGGAUAGAAUUGUUGGCCAUUCAUUGGAAUGUCAACUAUCGCCAACACGUAAAUCGCGUGAUUACAAAGUAUUAUCGGUGUGCAAUUGUUAAAUAUCAUAGUACGUUAUAAAGCAACGCUUGGUCCAACGCACCCAAAAUGGCGUCUACCCAACAUUUUAUCAGACAACUAUGGAAACGAGAAAACUUGACAAAUUGUUUUUUGUAUUUUGUCUGAAGGCUUUAAAUGGUUUUAAAAAGCAAAGAUCUUAUGGAAAGAUAGUGUUUCUAUAUUAUGAUCAAUAUUGUCAGGAUGCCAUAUUUGUCGCGAAGGACUAAUAGUUGCAGAUAUCGAAUAGUUUAUAGAAUAAUAAGUUUGUGUACAAUAGUGUACAUAGAUACAGACGCGUCUGUUAACUAAUAAGCAUUUAUUGUACCAACUAGGAUUUUAAUGGGAUGUCGCCUAACCACCAUUAUUAAUAAACGAUCUCAAUCGAUUAUUUCGAUCCAUCGUGAAAAUGGGCCAAUCGGAACAGUUUCUUUUUGACAAGCUUCCAAAUGACUUAUUUUGAUUGGUUUAUUCUCGUGGUCGAAUAGGGUACCGGACUCAUUUUUGUUCUUUACUGUUAUGAAAUAUUUACGUUAUAUACAUUAUAACACAGAAGGAAUUAUUAAAAUCCAGUAAAAAAAUCAACAAGUUAUAAGUCUUGGAAUGUCGGUGGAAGGGUAAUUAACAAGAAACAGAAAAGAGACUAAAUACCCACGUUUGACCUCACCGGGAAUUAUGACGCGUGCGAAAGAAAAAGAUGAAGCGAUAUCCCCACAUCGCGCCCACUUCUGCACGUUACAAUAUUUGAAAUAUGAAUUACUAGCCCAUUUUUUAAUUAAUUUUUAUGCAGUUUUCGCAGAAGUGCUUCUUAUUCGUAUUAUUAACCAUUGCAUAUAGAAUAAUAUACAAAAUCAAACAUAGGCCGGUUCCCUAUUGAAGGUUCAAAUUGGGAUAAUUUAUUGAAAACAACCGUAAACUGGUUCCGUAAAUUGAAGUUCUGUUUUUAUUGGUUUAUCAAUUAAUAUCAUUUGUGUAACACAAAUUUAUUUGAAAAUUCCUGAUUGUUGAAAAGGCUAGACUAUUUUACGUAAGUGGGCUUCUGCGAGUCAUGGAUAUAGUUCUGCCUGCCCACCCUUGAUGGAAUAAAGGCGCGAGCUUAUCGAGUUAUUAUUUUGUAUUUAUUUUUAUUAUCUAUAUUAUACUAUAAUAUUGCUUAUUUUCUCUCUAUCUCUUGAAUCUUUAUCGUGGAUCCGAAUCAAAGGAACAUGUCUUGAAUUAAUUUAUGUACUUCGCAAAUCAUAUUAAUCGAUAUAAAAUGUUACUUUAUUUACGACCUGUUGUAUAGUUUAUAAGAUAGAGUAAUUGGAUUUCGUUACUCUAUGGGUGAUAGCCAUAUUUUUGUAUGGCUGAUUAUCGAAGAGCGUGUGGAAGAUUGAAAGGCUAAUUGAUUUAAGCCAAAAAUAUUUUUUAUGUAAGUUAAAAAUCAUAUAAAAAGUGCUGAUUUUAACUUAGUAUCGCAAAAAAUUUUGCAUAAGUCAAUUAGCUUUUCAACCGUCUAUGUAAUUGUAUCAAAAAAUACGUUUUGUUGCCAUUCUUAAAUGCAAUUGUCUAAAAUGUUACUAUUCUACUUAAUAUUAUGUUGUACGAACCAAAAUUGAUAUUAUUUUUGUGGCUCUGAAUGUAAUAGUACUCAAGCGCAAGGUAUAACCUUUCUAUCAAUUUAGAUAUAAGUUAAGACUAUUUAUUUAUUCACUUGUGACGUGCGCAUGCGCAGAUUUCUCGAAAUAUCAACUUAUCUGAUUAUAAGGUUGUGUGAACAUUAUUGUUUAAGAAUUAUUGUGGAUCGACAUAAAUAUAAUAUACAAACAA